AUGUUUCUGAGUGUAUUACGCCGUGCUGCUACGAAAACCCCAGUGUGCGCUAUAACGAGAACCACUGCUGUGUCUCAAUCUUUGAAAAGGUUGACUGUUACUUCCGCCCCUGUCAGGACAUUUUUGACGACCCAAGUAAGAGGGGACCAGCAAAGACAAAACGUCAGCGAUAUCCUUAAAUCUGAGAUAAAAGUGGAGACUGAGUCGUUUUCGGACGAAGUGCCCGCAUUGUUUAAGGACUACUUGACGAAGUAUAAAUUCGAUGUCGUCGAGAACAAGGGACAGAACGAGGCACAGAUUGUCAGAAAAACGGAUAAUGGCGAAACUGUUCGUGUAUUCUUUGAUGUGGCACAGGUAGCCAAUCUGCCCUUCGACGAGGCCCCAGUGGAAGAAAAUUUGGCAGACGACGACGCCGGUGAGGAGGACUUUGAUUCCAUGGCCGAUAACUUUGCUAAUGUCAACGUUGUUGUAGCCAAAGAAAGCGAUGGUUCUGCUCUGUCUUUCGAUUUACUAAUGAACUUGCAAGACAGGUCCUUCUUUGUUGACAGCAUCACGCCAUAUACUUCCGCAGAGCUGGCAUUAGACGACACCGCCGAGGCUCAAGUCAAGAAAGAUGCGGUGUACCAUGGCCCACCAUUUUCUAACCUAGAUGAGGAACUGCAAGAAACAUUGGAGAUUUACUUGGAAAGCAGAGGGAUCAACGAGGAGUUGGCGUCCUUUAUUAGUGCUUACUCUGAAUUCAAAGAGGGCGCUGAGUACGUUUCCUGGUUACAAAACAUGAAGAGAUUUUUCGAUUAA